CUGUAUUAUUUUUAUUCGUUCCUUGAACUUUCGAAGUAAUCGUGGAUUCCGAUCGGUCCGAUGAUGCUAUAUAAAGACGGCUUAUAGCAGAGGCCUUCCGACGACUCCCGCAUACGAGGAAACACAAAUGAAUGACUUGCUACAGUAUAUGUCGUAGUACAACAUCAAUUAUUCAAUUGGUGGGUAGGUGUGACUGUCGUACGAUGUCCUCCGGAUUCCGGAGCUGUACUCAACGUCGGUGGGCAAUCGUAUCUCGGUUUGCAUCGAUAAUAAUUCGUCGCCUCACUGCAAUAGGAUUGUCACUGGCAGUGUAGUAGAGUACCAAACCCUUUUCAUUCCUCGGGCCUGAAGCAAAGCGGACAUGCGUGGCGUAGGCGUUAACACACGCCUAUACAUAUCCCACUUCCUGUCAACCUGGAACUCUCGUGUCUUUGAAUUCGGCGCGGUGCUAUUCAUUGCAUCUGCUAUUCCCGGGUCACUUCUUCCUCCUUCAGUAUAUGCCCUUGUCAGAUCUCUAUCCGCAAUCUUCCUCUCGCCCGUCGUAGGCAGAUACAUUGAUAACAAGGACCGCCUCCAUGUAGUGAGGUUAUCCAUAUUAUCGCAACGCCUAGUCGUAGCAGCCUCUUGCAUAAUAUUCUACUUUCUGCUGAUAGGACGAUUUUGGUCUCCUGCUGUACAAUGGAUGUGCCUUGGAGCGGCCUCACUUCUGGCAUGCGUGGAGAAGCUUGGUUCUAUAAUGAACCGAGUAUCUGUUGAGCGUGAUUGGGUUAUCGUCGUUUCAGCUGAUGAUGAAGAUGUCCUCCGAACACUCAAUGCUCAGAUGCGACGGAUCGAUCUGGUUUGCAAGCUUGUUGGGCCACUAUUUAUUGCUCUUGUGGCUGCCUAUUCGAUUGCCAUUGCCAUUCUUACGACUCUCGGAUGGAACCUGGUUUCGGUCAUUGUGGAGUAUGGUGCCAUAGCUAAAGUUUACGAUCUAGUCCCUGCACUUCAAAUAAGCAAACAAAGCAUGCCCACACAACGAGAAGACGAAGCUUUGAUGGAAGAAGAAGCGUUAUUGGCUCCGGAUGAUCCAGAAAUCUCAGUGCGAACUCCAACGUCCUACUGGGAGAGCAUCAAAGCCUAUUCGCGCUCGCCCAUGUUCCUGCCAUCUCUGGCGCUUUCCCUCCUCUAUCUCACCGUUCUCAGUUUCAACGGCCAAAUGGUGACCUAUCUGCUCGCACUUCCUCCGUUCCCAAACACCAAUAUAUCGUACAACGCAGCCGUUAUUGGUGGUCUCCGGACCUUCAGCACGUUAUCCGAAAUCAGCGCCACAUUCUUGUCCCCACUUCUCAUGUCCCGUAUAGGACCCAUUCGCUCAGGUUUAUGGGCGAUCAACGAGCAGAUCAUGUCACUAUUAUUGGGAACCAUCCUUUUUGUCGUCCUCAACGACAGGUCUUCUUCAGCCGCAUCUUUUCCGCUAAUCGUCUCCGUCAUCCUCUCCCGCAUGGGCCUGUGGUCCUUCGACCUCAGCGUGCAGCUUCAGAUUCAACAGAUCGUGCCCAAGACCCAGAUGGGUGCCUUCUCCACUAUUGAGACGUCCCUUCAGAACACAUUCGAGCUACUUGCAUACGUGUCCACGAUUGUCUUCUCGAGACCAGAGCAGUUCCAAUGGCCAGCGGUAAUCAGUUGUGUUGCCGUGACCUGUGCAGGAGGUCUUUAUGCGCGAUACGUCAGGGAACGGAGGGGUCAUCUCAUUCACUGGAGUUCGUGUUUGGAGGUCAAGCAGGAAGGAUAUCAAGUCUCUGACGACCGGUCUGAGAGAAUCUUGUUAUCUGAGUUGGGAUCAAGAUAAGCAUAAUGUGUGGUGAGCUGGCAUAACAUCUGUCAUCAUUCGGUGAAUCCUUACAGCAUGUAUGAUUUUUAUGCAGUAUGUUCAUGAGCAAUAUAUGUGGCGUUCUCGAGACCGAUCUUCUGCAUAAUUCUUGAAAGUCACAACUCACACCGUCGUCGCCACAAACCAACAGACCCAUCCAUACAGAGAUUAACGAUAAAAUGUGGCGGCCGUCAUGAUCAGUGUACAGGCACGAGGCGACCAUUCUUGGAACAUUAGGCUAUAUGUGGAGUCCUGUGCAUGCACUGCCCCCCAUGUUUAUUGUUCCUUUGUUCGCUGACACAGGUAAAAUCCUCCCUACAUCCAUUGCAUGCCCCUUUGGCUUCUGAGUGGAUAUUUCAAUGGAACAAACAAGCGUUUUUCGUAGAGGCAGAACGUGGUGUAGAAAAUUGAACUUUUGUCUACACUGCCUGUGGGAGACUCGCUGUUAAACAGCCUUCUGCAAUUCUGAGGUGAGUACGUAGGUAAGCAAACAACUUUGGGACGUUGAUUGCAAGUCGCCGUUCUCUUUCGAUGGACGUGACCGGUGUAAGGUAUCGAAAUAGUCGUACAACUUACUCUUCAUGUGUAUCCUGAGAUUCCGGUAUGAAACAAAACCCUCGAAAAUGAUUGUCCU